AUGGCUGUUGCUGCUUAUGCAUCCUUGGCUUCUCUCACUCAUGUCCUCGAAAAUCUCCACUAUCGUGCCCGAUUUAAUAUCCCUCGUGCUGACAUCAACCAAGUUGAAGAUCUCCAGGAAAAUGUCAAUUCCUUGCUGGAAUUUGUCGAGCUUCAUUCCGAAAGGAAGAUCCCUGAGCUUCGAGGUUUGUGGAGGAAAAUGGCAGAGGCUGCUGCUGAAGCUGAAAGUGACAUCAACUUCCAUGUAGGCAAUCUACUCUAUGCUAAGUCUCAAGGAGAAACGAGUGAUACUUCAAACUUCUCAGCUUUCUGUGAUGAAAUGGACACACUGAUCCAAAAGUUUUGUUCCAUCGAAAAGGAGUUGCCGAUGAUUGAAGAAAGGGAGGAUCAUCAAGCCCGAAAGCAAUCCAAUUAUGCUUCUGUUUCUGCUGGUGGUUCGUCUGCAGCUGCUUCAUAUGUCAGCAAUGUUGUUGGACUGGAUGAGCAUGUGAACACGAUCAGGGACAACCUCAUCAGAGGUAGAUCCAAGCUCGAAAUCCUUCCAAUUGUCGGCAUGGGAGGUAUUGGUAAGACCACUCUCGCUAAAAGUCUCUUUGAAGAUUCAUUUGUUGUUGACCACUUCGAUUUACGCAUCUGGCUUACUAUAUCUCAACAAUAUAGUGCUGAACAAAUUCUUAAAGUUGGUCUUGAAGGAAAGGCAGGAGAAAAAGAAACGUGUGAAAGUUUAGAUGAGUUGGGAACUAGAUUCUACCAAAAAUUAUUCGGUAGAAGGUACUUGAUUGUUAUGGAUGACAUGUGGUCAACUGGAGCUUGGGAUGCUUUACGGAGGUAUUUUCCUGACAAUGAGGAUGGAAGUCGUAUUUUGUUAACGACUAGACUCUCAAACAUGGCUGCUUCUUUGGGUUCUCAUGAUCCCUAUCAUUUAACAUUUUUAAAUGAGAAUGAAAGUUGGAGGUUAUUAUGUCAAAAUGCAUUUUCUCAAAAUGAUUGUCCAUACGGUCACUUAGAAAAGUUUGCAAAAGACAUUGCAAAAAGUUGUAGAGGGCUUCCUUUGGAAAUUGUUGUUGUUGGUCGAAUGCUUGCCAAUUCUGAUAGGAGUGUAGAACAUUGGGAGAAUAUUGCAAAUCAUAUUCGCUCACUUGCUAAUUUGGAAGAUGUUGAGCAUUGUAAGAAAAUACUAUCAUUAAGUUACGAGAAUUUACCCAUUCAUCUCAAACCAUGUUUUUUAUAUUUGAGAGUCUUUCCUGAAGAUAGUCUGAUUGAAGUCUCAAAACUAAUCAACUUUUGGAUUUAUGAAGGAUUCAUUAAGUCAAAAAGAAAUGGAAGUUUGAAAGAUAUUGCAAGGGAGUAUGUAAAAAGUCUCAUUGACAGAAAUCUAAUAUUUGUACGGAAUGAAAAUGGAUGUGGCAUUCAUGAUCUUCUACGGGAUUUCUGUUUGGGAGAGUUUGGUGAUGAAUGUUUUCUCCAAUUUCCCAGAAGGCAAAGUGUUGGAGGAAGGUUAAGACAAGCUGUGCACUGUAAUAUUUGUCUAGAAAGGCUCAAGGAGAAAGAAGGAAUGAAUAUAGUCCAACCAUUUCAUAUAUUUGGAUUACCAUCACAAGUUAAUCCUCUUGUAUGCGAUGCUUGUACUAUGGUGUAUUCGCAUAUUAGAAGACAUAACUUGGUGAAGAUUGCGUAUUACGAUGAUGGUUUUGACACAGAUAUUUUGCAGCCAAUAGAAUUGCGUUGUGUUGAUAUAUGGGGGGUAAAACGAUUGUCUCCUUCAACAUUACAGUUACUUUGGAAUCUUCAAAGUUUAAUCAUUUCAAACUCAAUAAUUAAAGAUGUACCUCGAGAGAUAUGGGAGAUGCCACAACUAAGAGAGAUUCGAUGUCCAUACGGAAGGGUUCAUCUCCCUCAUCCUAUAGCCACUGAUAUUGAGGGGCAAGAUUUCAUUAUCCUGAAGGACCUUCGCACUAUACAUGGAAUCUGUAAUUUCAGUUGUUCCAAAGAAGUCAUUGAUCGGAUCCCAUAUUUGAAGGAAUUGAACGUUAACUACGACGAUGGAUCUGACUGGGGUGUGAAACAGCUGAACUAUUGCCUAUGUAAUCUUGAGCAACUACAGAAACUUGAAUCUCUAUGUAUAAGAGAUUGCUUGGAGAAGAUGACCUUCCCUAAUUCCCUCAAGGAAUUGCGUUUGAUCUAUUGCAGAAUGGCAUGGGAAGAUAUGUCAAUUGUUGGUUUGCUGCCGAGUCUUGAAACACUUGAGAUAUGUGGUGGCGUGCAGGGAUCAGAGUGGGAGCCUGCUCAAGGGGAAUUUUGUCGCCUGAAAGAGUUGGCCAUUGACUAUAAUGAUUUAGCGUGUUGGAGAGCAGAAUCGAUGCACUUCCCUAUUCUUGAGAAGCUUAAACUUACUGGAUUACGUUUAUUGGAGGAGAUCCCUUGGGGAAUUGGAGAUAUACCAACGUUGAAAUCAUUGGACGUGGAGUAUUGCAGUGAGUCUGUCAUUGAUUCGGCAAAAGAAAUAUGGGAGGAGCAACGCGAGCUUGGAAAUGACAUUAGAAUUGAUAUUACUGAUGAAGAAAAUAGGGUCGAAUAUCAAAUUGGUACUUUCACUGCAAGAAUGACAGGGGCUGCUUGUCAGUCCUUGGCUUAUUCAAAACGUCUUCCAGAAAGGCUCCAGAGGGUUGCUCAACAUGGCCGCCGCUCUCUGAGCGGAAAACAAAUGGAAGCUGUGGAAGAAGCCAUCCAUUUUUUCAAGGACUUUCUUAAAGUUUUUCACCCAAGAAAAAGCCAAGAAAUGGAAAGUUUGGCAAGAGAAAUGGCCCAGGCUACUCAUAAAGCAAAUGCUGUGAUCCGCAGGCUACGCUCGGAAACUUUGAUGGCUAUACUUGGUAAGUGCGUCCGUGAAGAUGUAGAAAGACUGUUGGAAAAGAUAGACUUCAUAAGAAAGUCGUGGUCAGUGGCUAAAGAGGAAGGGCAAGAAAACGGACAAAUUAAUGGUGUCGUUGCCUAUAAUGAUUCCACGCCCUAUGAUAUCAACUCACUGAAAUUUUGGGGGAAACCUCCUAACACCGAUGAAGAUCUGAGAGAAUAUCAAGUUGGUUCUGUCACGGCAACAAUGACGGAGGCUGCUAGUCUAAUCUGGUCUGAUUUAGCAUGCGUCCUGGAGGUCCUCCGAAAGGCUUCUGAACUUGGUGGUCAUUAUCUAAACAAAAAGCUAAUAGAAAACGUUGAGAAAUCCAUUUGUGUCCUGCAAGAUGUUGUUGAAGUUCAUCCUCAAAUUAUACUCCAGCACACAGAAGAUAUUCAUAUACUGAACAUGUAUUCUCUUGUCAAGGCAGCAGAACAUCUGAAUUCGAAGCAUCUUAGGCUACAAUCUCUGGAGGAUGCAACUAAUUAUGAAAUCUUAUCCUUCUCUGAGGAUGUACAAGAGUUUUUGAAAAACUUAAAAGACACCAAAGAAUGUUUGAAAGAUAUUAAUCGAAGAUGA